UUAACAGUUGUACAAUGUCUGCUGUGGUUCUACAGGAAGAUUUCAUAGGUUUGAGUAAAUAUCCCUAAUUAUGUAAUCAGCGUUAUCAGACUUUUUAUAACAGCAUUACAAACCGAAGCUGUGGGUACAGAUAUAGCUAUAGAUGUAGCCAUAUAGGAGGCAGGGGUGUUUAAACAAAAGACACUGUUUUUGGGCCAAAAAAUUUUGUUCUCUGCUGACCAUUACGUUUUAUGUUUUAAUACGUGUCUUAGAAAACUGAUUUGGAUUUGGGCUUUGUUCCAACACUAAUCAAACCAGAUGUUACUGACAACUUAUUGAACACCUAAGCAGGCUUAGUAGUCAUGUUGUUGCUGUUUCCUAAGUCACAAACACAUGAUGAAAAUGCAUUAUUGUUAGCAGAAACACAAGCUAGAAUAUAAUCAAUAAUGUUCACCUUCAUGGCCUCAAACAAACAAACAAACUUUGCUUUAGGUUCAGUUUUCUAUGUCACUGUUGUCACAGUGUUUUGCUUGUACUCUGGUGAGGGUUAAGCACAAAAACCACUAAUGUUAUGAAAACAUAAUGGUUUGGCUUGAAAUACCUUUGUCACCACAAACACUACUGUAAAUGUCCCAAGGUCUCAUUGAAAAAGCCAUGUUUUCUUAUCACAAAUACACUGCAGAUUUCAACUACCUGUCAGAACUAUCAAUUUUUUGUUACCACAAACUUGAUUGGAAUUUGUCUCAAGGUCUCCUUAAAAAAACAGUGGUGACAAAUAACACUUUGAAAAGCUUAGGAAAAGACCAUGUGUUCUUCUUCUUAAAAAUACCCUGUGGUGUUACAAUCUUUUAGAUACAGUCUUGAAAUGCAGUUACUAGUAUGGCAGCCUUGUUGCCUAACCCCACCACUCCUCCAUCUCGCAGUAUGGAAGUCAGGUCAUGAAAGAAGCAAAGUGAAAGUGAUAUCACAGGUAUUGUGGAGAAGUCAGUGUGGUAGCAGAUGAAAGACACGCUCAAAUGUGAACAUGUAGUAGUUUGCUAAAAAUGUUAAUUGGCAACGUUUAAUUUAAUUUUAUUCUGGUGUCCGGGUUGUGAUGGCUAAUUGAAGGUAGGGGAUCACUUGAAUUAUUACAAUGAAUCCAGAGGGGAACAUGAAUGGGUGUAUCAAAUUUGAUGGUAGUCCAUCCAGCAGUUGUCAAGACAAUUUAUUCAAAGCACAAACAUCAAACUCAUGGUGGUAGCAGAGGAAAAAUCUGGAGUUUGAAGUUUUUCUAGGAACCAUUAAUGUCAACUGGGGGAUGCUAAAGUAAAGGUCAUUAGAAUUCCUCCUCUGGGGAACAUGAACAUCUUCAAGACUUCUUGACAGUCCAUUAACAUUGAGAUAUUCCAGUCAGGAAAUGUUAAAAUGUAAUAAGUAUUUAAGUAAGUCAAGCAUUUCAUCAGUGACUGACGGCAUCAAACACUGAAUUAAGAUAUCUGUAAUUUGAUGACCAAUAGUGACUCAUCUGUUUCAAACAGGCUGACAGAUCACCCCGCCCUCUUGUUUAAUUCCAAAGGUUUCUUUUUACAGACAGUCCCUUAAAAAACUGUUCUCUACUAUGAGUCCAACACAUCUGUUGUCAUCAUGAAAUAUUUGGCUCUGGCUCUGCUGCUUUGUGAUCUGCCGUCAUUCACACAUGAAGCAUGUGCUGUAUUCACCAUGGGACCAGCUUUUCCACCCAUAGAACGGACACACUGUCAGGACCAUUUGGAUAAAACAUGGCAUGCCAUAGGAUCUAAAUGGAGAAACAGUCAAUGUGAGGACUGUAGUUGCAGUGAAUGUUGCAGCAACCUUCAUCAUCCUGCAGGGUUCCCUGGGGACUGCGUGUCAGUGUUCGACCCUGAGGAAUGUGAAUACACAGUGCACAAGAAGGACGACCCAUCCGUACUAUGUCCAGUUUCUUUAUAUGUGGGAAAGUGACUGAGUCAUUGUUUUUUGUGUUUAAAAAUCUGAAGUGUUUUAAAAAUAUAUAUAUAUGUUUGUGGGGAGAGAGACGGCCCUGCAGGCAUGAUCCCCACCUGCUCUUCAGGAAACACACACACACACGCACACACACACACACACACACACACACACACACACACACACACACACACACACACACACACACACACAUAAACAGCAAAACAGUGGACAGUGUCUGGUUAUUGAAAAUAAAACACUGCUAUAAAAGAAAAAAAUGACAGGAUCUUUGCAUUUCCUCACUCAGAGCACUGUGAGAGGGAAGAGAAUAUCUGAUACAGAAAAAAACAACGUGAGAAGCUCAACAGAGUGCAAACCCUUGCUAAGGCUCAACAGCCCUCGUUAAUUCAAGGAAGAGUAACCUAUUUAAAUGUUCUGGAUCUGGAUUGUAAUUUGGAUCUGCAUCAAAUGUACAGUUCUCAUUCAUUAAUACAAGCUACAGAAAUCCCUCUGUCUAAUCUCUGAUCCCUAAUCUAAUGUCUCACCAUGUGGGAGACUUUAUUAAAAAUGUAAAAAAAAAAAAAAAAAGGAAAAAAGUCAGUCUCUAGUCUAGUAAACGUAUGAUGCUUUUUGUUUACCUGUGAGGAAAUUAUUGGCUCCAGCUUUACUGUAAACUCAAUAAAUCAAUGAAACUAUAUAUUACUUUAACUCAGUUAUGGCUUUGGGGUACUUUCUCAAGUUGCUUUCACCACUGGUCAACAGGGACUUCUCAGCAAUGUCAUUGUAAUGGACUUGUGAUAACGUAAAUCACAUAAAUCAAACAUUUGUUUGUUUCCAAUACUUUCCCCCACUCUAUUAAAAAGAAGUGACAAAUACUUUGGAGUCAUACCUCAAUAAAAUCAAACACAACACCACAACAAGCUAACCUUACUGAUCUUAAAAAAGAAAAGAAAAGAUGAGACCUCUCAGACAGGUUUUUUUCCAAAUAACUCAACACAAUAGGCUUCACAAAGGCAGCACUGUGUUGCUUUCAGUGACAGACUGCUGCACAGUUGUCAGGGUCACUGAGUUUAUGGUGUUGUGGCAAAUGAAGCAGCCACCAGCUUCUUAACACCACCAGGUGGCAGGAAAAGCCAGCAGAUUCUGAUGUUUCCACUGCAUUGUCUUCAUCACUCUCUUCCUCUCCAGAGAGAGAGAAAAAAGAGAGAGAGAGAGGGAGAGAGAGAGAGAGAGAGAGAGAGAGAGAGAGAGAGACUUGAAAGUACAAGGAGAGUUUUGCAAAGAGUUAGGUUGUUGCAUGGCCUUGUCAUUAGCAAAAAAGCAGCAAGAGUGGGAGGUUGCGGAGCCCUUCUCAUCUUUGUGCAUGCUGUGGACCCUGUGAUGAGAGGGUCCCAACAACAGUGAGACCACAACACUCAUCCCCUCUCUCUCUCUCUCUCUCUCUCUCUCUCUCUCUCUCUCUCUCUCACCUCCACUUCAACCUCACUGCUGCUCUCCUCUGGAUUACUGCUUUUUCUCCAUGCUGAAGACGCCUGUGGGGGAUUGAAAGAAGGCUCUGCAAGGAGGAUUAACUUUGCAACUGUUUCGCUUUGUUGAAGUUGGUUUUUAUUCCACAUCCCUGUAUGAGAGUUCCCUCAGCUGGAAUAAUGCCUUCGUGCUGGAGUCGAAGCUCCUGGUUUCCUGUGGUGUUUGGUGCUGCGCUGGUUGUUUUCACUGCUGGUAAUGCUGGACCGAACCAGGACCGGAGGCAGGCUGGGUCGUCCUCAUGCUUCGGAGGCUUUGAUCUUUACUUUGUUUUGGACAAAUCUGGGAGUGUGCAGAAUCACUGGAAUGAAAUCUACCACUUUGUUGAACAUCUAGCACAUAAAUUCAUAAGCCCACAGUUGCGGAUGUCCUUCAUUGUGUUUUCCACCGAGGGAAGGAUCUUAAUGAGCCUGACAGAAGACAGGGAACGCAUCCGCAAAGGUCUGGAGGAGCUCCAGGGGGUUCGUCCUGGGGGAGACACCUUCAUGCAUGAGGGCAUCCUGAGGGCCAGUGAGCAGAUAUACUAUGGAAACACUGAAGGUUAUCGCACUGCCAGUGUUAUCAUAGCUCUGACAGAUGGAGAGCUGCACGAGGAUCUGUUCUACUAUGCUGAGAGAGAGGCCAACCGCUCCCGCAGCCUGGGUGCCUCAGUUUACUGUGUGGGGGUGAAGGACUUCAAUGAGACACAGCUGGCAAAGAUCGCUGACAGUAAGGACCACGUCUUCCCUGUGAACGAUGGGUUUGAGGCCUUGCAAGGAGUCAUCGACUCGAUCCUGAAGAAGUCCUGUAUUGAAAUCCUGGCAGCAGAGCCAUCUAGUAUCUGUGCAGGAGAGUCGUUCCAAGUGGUGGUCAGAGGAAACGGAUUCCUCCACGCCCGCAACGUCGAAAAAGUCCUGUGCAGCUUCCGCAUCAACGACACCCUUACUAAGAUGGUAAAGCCUUUGAUUGUGGAAGAUACAUAUCUUCUCUGUCCUGCACCAGUACUUCAAGAUGAGGGGAUGGCCGCAAACCUUUAUGUCAGUAUGAACGAAGGUCUCAGUUUCAUCUCCAGUUCAGUCACCAUUACCACAGUGAGCUGUUCUGAUGGGACCAUCCUGGCCAUAGCUCUGCUCAUCCUGAUGCUGCUCCUGGUCUUGGCUCUCCUCUGGUGGUUCUGGCCUCUCUGCUGCACUGUGAUCAUCCAUGAACCCCCACCGCCGGCUGUGGAGGAGAGUUCGGAUGAUGAAGACUUUGAAGCCCCCAAAAAGAAAUGGCCGACUGUAGAUGCCUCCUACUACGGAGGAAGAGGAGUUGGAGGAAUCAAAAGGAUGGAGGUCCGCUGGGGUGAGAAAGGUUCCACCGAAGAAGGAGCAAAGUUGGAAAAGGCCAAAAAUGCCAAAGUGAAGAUGCCCGAGCAGGAGUAUAUGCCGGCCCCCAUGCGGGUUCUCAACAAUGGAAUGCACAAACCUCCGGGGCCACGCAAGUGGUACUCACCCAUUAAGAGCAAACUGGAUGCAUUGUGGGUGCUCUUAAGAAAAGGCUACGACCGUGUGUCAGUAAUGAGGCCUCAUCCUGGUGACAAGGGCAGAUGCAUGAACUUCACCCGCACAAAGUCUCCACCCCCUCACUACCCCUACUACAGCCACCAACCACCAUCUCCCAUCUACAACCCUCCACCUGCACCCCAGGGCACCCUCCCACCGACCCCCGGCAGCCCUCUAUCAUCUCCUUCUCCAUCCUUCUCCUUCUCCAACCUUCCACCGCUGCCUCCGACGCCUCCUUCCUCCUCCACCACUCCCUCCCCUCCCAUCACGCCUCCACCUUACACGCCGCCUCCCAACCGCGCUCUCCCUCCAACCAACCUGUACAUACCUGCCCCGCCAGCGCGCCCACCCACCCCUCCUCCCUCUGCCUCUCCCACUGGUCCCCUGCCUCCUCCUCCACAGGGACCACCUCCGGGACGAGCCCCUCCACCUGCCCGCCCACCGCCUCGCCCCGGCCUGUAGAGCUGUGGUGGCAGACGGGAGUUUAGCAGGAUUUAAAAAGGCAACUCAGCAGUCAGCACAUGACCAUUGAUUGUACCUGCAAGCGAGGACGUGUGAGCGCCUCGUGCCACGCUCAGUGAGCUGUGGCCUUUCUGCCUUGUGAAGUGGAGCAGCGAGGACUUGAUUCCUGCUAUUUGUCUACAGUGACUUUUGUACACAUUUAGCCCAACAGUGCAAUUGCUCUGAUGCUUGAAUUACACAGACAUUCCCUACAGAUGAGGUCAUUCAGGCCGGCUCAAAAACAUUUGCCUCCGUGGUCCUCAGAGCAGCUUCGGGCCCUGAUGUCCCCGCCACGAUCACACAAGAUUGGAUGAAUUCUGAGGAACAACAGCUUGUCUUAAAGCCUCUCUAACAUUCCUAUCGUUCCUGAUAAAAGACAAAUAUUACAAAUGUUCCACACACAGAGGAUUAGGAAGAAUCUGAAAACCCUUGUUUUUGUUUUGUACCCUUGAAUGUUGUGCAAUUGCAUGCAAUAGCGUUUGAGUCAGCAUUUUUGUACCUUUUAUACACCUUCUACCUUUUUUUUAUACGACAUACACACAUUUUUAUUUGCACCGUUAUCGUCGAGUAGACCACACUUUCAGUUUUAAUUAUUGAGGACAGAUAAAGUAAUCAUUGCGGAUAAACACAUAAACAGCAAUGCAACAUGCUUUCACAAUGGAACUUUUGACUUCCGUGUAUCAAACCAGCCUAAUGUGAGUCAUAGCUUGCCCAGUUUGGUAACACUUUAUAAUAACCAUCAAUAUACAUGAUGAUAAAGAUAUUUACUGUUAAACAAUUAAUAUUUUAUAAAACAUUUAUUAGGCAAUAAUAAUAAUUUAAAAACCCUCAGUUGUUUAUUUUGCAGUGUAGAUGUUCCACAGUUAUUCCAGUUGUUCCACCAUUACCUGGGAGUAGUGAUCAGGGAAAGUGAUGCCUCUUCCUGUUUUGGUUGAGCAACCACAGACCCUUUGCACUGUAAUUCAUACUUAGUUUUUGUGGGGAAUAUCCAGGUCAGUAGCCUUAGAUGGUGUCAUUUUUCUCCAGCCAUUACACUGUGUAAUUAGUAUUUACUUCAGAAUGAUAAGUUAAAGCAAGAAAACAAGUUGUCUAUUGCCUGAUAAAUAAAUGGUUUAUAAAGCAUUACCAGUUAAAUAAAUAACUAUUAAAGUUUGAAUUACUAUAAAAGUAUCAUUUGAUGGUUAUGAUAAGAUGUUACCAAGACUUUUGUGCAUUUCAUUGGAAUUAAGAAACUAAACUGGCCCUUUUACUACAUCUGACCUGACCAGCCUGAGUACAAACUGACAGUUAUAUAGUUACAAAUGCUCUGACUAUCAACAUGUGGACAAAACUACGUCAGAGUCAGGGAAAAGCUUUGCACAUCUUCAUGCUCAUCCACCCACAGCCUCCAGCAAUAUGUGUAAAUAAUAAUAUGUUCAUUUUGAUAUAACCAUGUGUGUUCAUUUGUGUAUGUGUGUGUGUGUGUGUGUGUGUGUGUGUGUGUGUGUGUGUGUGUGUGUGUGUGUGUGUGAGUCAGAGAGAGAGACUAGUCUACUACAGAUAUUCAUGACAGCCAGUUCUACAGUAACCUGACCUGAGUGACCGCGCCAGUUUUAUCAACAAAAUCAUCAUUUUUUCUUUUCUUCUUCCAGCUCCUCAAAACAUGGGUCAUAUAAAUGAAAUAUAAAUACAAAGGUUCAUAUGAAGAAUGAUGAAUUUCAUAGCAUAACUGAAAAGGCUUUAUGUAACUUUCCACCAAUACAAUAUGUAGACAUCUCUGUUUGUUUUUUAAAAUGAAAGUAAAGUGUAUUAAAUUGGAUUCUUAGUCUUUCUGUAUUACUUUUUAGAAAACAGCCACUGAGCCGUCCUACAUGAAAAGCUUGUUAAAGCUGUAAUAGGUUU